AUGAAAAAAAGCAAUGACGUUUUUGAUGACUAUUAUGAUGUUUAUGAGGAAAAUUGGACACAUGACACAUUCGGGGAGCUGGAAUAUACACAGAGUUUAGAGAAAAAUAUAAGAAAAAAAUUAAAUAAAGAAGAUUCCAAGCAAAACUUAUUUUUUUGUACCCAUGAUAAAACAAAAAUAAAUAAUUCGAAUGAGGUAAAAUUAAAUAAAAGUGACAUAGUAGAAAAGACAAAUGAAGUAAAUAAAAAAUUCAUUGACAAUGAGAAAAUUAAUGCUUCUUUUAAAUUUAAUAGUAAAAUUGAAAGUGAUAAGGAAAAUGUUGAUAAAAAUAAAUUAGAGAAUAACUUACAUAGAAAAAGUGAUAAAAUAUAUAGAGAAAAAAUGGAUAACCAAAUUAGCAAUAAAUUAGAUAAAGAGAAACGGAUUGAUCAAGAGCUUUAUUUAUUUAAGGAUAUAUAUGAAGAGUUAGAAAAGUCAAAAAAUGAUUCAAAAGAAAAUUAUUCAUAUGAUGAAGGAUCCUCAAAAAGAAACAAUCAUCAUUUUCUUGAAAAUUUGGAAUUCAUUAGUAGUAACAACGAGUCGGACAGUGCUGAAGUUCACUCAAGCAACUUGUUUAAUAUUGACGAUUCGGCUAUGAGCAUAUGGGAUGGUUUGAAUGACAACGAUAAUGAGAAGUACAGCUAUGGGAAUGAUAUCUAUGAUAAUGAUAACUUUGAUAAACGGUUUAGCAAUAAUGAGUAUGGAAAUAUUGAGCAUAAUGAUCAAGAACAUGACGAUAAAGAGAAAGACGAUAAAACACAAAACGAUAAAAAACAAAACGAUAAAAAACAAAACGAUAAAAAACAAAACGAUAAAACACAAAACGAUAAAAAACAAAACGAUAAAAAACAAGACGAUAAAAAACAAGACGAUAAGGUGCAUGCCCAUAAGGAGUACAUCAAUAAUGAGCAAACUGAUAAUGCUCAUAGCAGGUAUAAAGGAAGUAGUCUCAGUAUUAGUAAGAACAAAUAUAAUAAAGACAUUGAGGAUAAGGAAUAUUACUUGAAACCUAGUAGCUCUUUUUCUAAUUUUUUAAAGGAAAAUUUGGAUAUUAACGCAGAUGAAGAGGACGACGACAUUUUGAACUAUUUAAAAAAAAAAAACAAUAAUUUAGAGGAUAAGAACAUAAACCUCCAUGAUGAGCUUGAUAAUGUUUAUGAUAAACAUGUUGAUAAUGAACGGGUUUGUGACGAUCAUGUUGAUGAUGAUCAUAUUGAUGAUGUUCAUGAUGGAGACAUAGUAAGCAUCUUCAGUGAUAAUUUAAAAGAGGAUAUUAAUAUUCAUGAUGAUCAUGUAAAUAUUAAGAGUAAUAGAAAAUUUAUGAAAAAAGAUAAAAGUAUAUAUACAGAUAGUUGUAAACAUCAUGAGCAAUCCACUAGUUGUGGUAAUAAUACUUUUCUUAAUGAGCAUACUAUUCCGGAUAUAGACAACACACACGUUCGUAAUGGUAUAAUUAAUAGUGCAUCCUACCUUUUUAAUAGUGGGUAUAGUAGCAUGAAUAAUGCUAAUUUCGUUGAUAAUAAUGCUUAUAGCAGUGUGAAUAAUAAUAACUAUGUUCAUAAUGGUGGUUCUUAUGAUAGUUUAAAUAAUGGUAGCUGUGUUGAUAGUCAUUAUACAUAUAAUAGUAGAAAUAACAAAGAUUUUGUCAACAAUAACAUAAGCCGAAAUAUUAAUAAUAUUGAUUGUCUUGAUAAAACGACGAAUAGUUUUCUAAAUAAUACUGAUACUAUUGUUCGUAACAAAGAAGCUUAUGACUCUCAUUCUGAUAACAGUUUAUACAGUAAUGUUUCUAAUCAUAAUAAAAGAAAUAAGAACAUGAGUGAAAAUACGAACAUUAUUUCUUUGGAAGGUAUCAAAAAUAAUGGCUUGGGUAAAAAUUCUGUGCAUGAAAGCAGCAAUAUCAAUAACAGUAUUAGCAAGGUUAGUGAUAAUAGUACUAGCAAGGUUAGUAAUAAUAGUACUAGCAAGGUUAGUGAUAAUAGUACUAGCAAGGUUAGUAAUAAUAGUACUAGCAAGGUUAGUGAUAAUAGUACUAGCAAGGUUAGUGAUAAUAGUACUACGGACAAUCAUGAAAAGAAUACGAGUAAAAAAAGUAGUAACACAUUUUUUGAACAAAAAUAUAAGAAUUUUAAAUUUAAAAAAAAACAAGCAAAAGAAAAUUUAUGUAUUACAGAUGAACCAAUUUUGAGUACCCAAGAUGAUGUCACUACAACUAGGGUCAAACGUAGAAAUACUUCAAGUAGUAACAACAAAAUGGUGAAGAAUUUAAGUCCUUACAAGAACAGUAAAUGUGCAUAUUCUGAAAAUAAAGAAAAUAAAAAGAACGUUUUUGUAAGGAGCAUCAAGCAAGAUGAUUCCAGUUCAUUAAAAAGGGGAAGGGAUAACGAAAAUGUAGGUGCCGUAUGCAAUAGCAAUGAUAGCACAGAUAUAAUUGUUGAUCUAAAUGACGAAGAAUCUUGGGAUGAUAUUGAUAAUACAAAUAUGAUAAAAGAUGAUUUAAAAACAAAGGGUAUAGUGACUAUUUUAAGGGAAAGGCUUAAAAAAUCGAAGAUCAAUUCUGAAAAUAGAGCUACUGAAAAGGGUCUCAGUGGAAAGAGUGUCAGCGAAAAAGGUGCUCUCGUAAAAGCUGUUACCCAAAAGGGACCCAAUAGAAACAAUAACUCAGAAAAAACUGGAACAGGAAAGCGUGAUCUAAACUACGAGAAAACGGAAGAAUGCAAGGAUAGUGAUAAGCUAAAAGAACUUGGAGAUGAACUACGCAAUCAAAUAAAUAAGCUAGAAAAAGAACAGGGUAAAGUUAAAAAAUUAGAAUAUGAAUUAAUUGCAAAAAGUGCUGAAAUGGAGCUUGAACGAGAAGAAAUGAAAAACAAAAUGGAAGAGGAAAAAAAUAAGAUGAUGAAGACUAUUGAAGAAGAAAAAAAAAAAUGGAAUAAAGAAAAAAAAAGAAUAGAAAAUGAAGUGGAUAAACAAAGAAAUAUUAUAAUGAACAAAAGAAAAUUAACAAACGAAAUAGCAAUGUUUAAAAAUAAAAUUAAAGAAUUAGAAGAGAAAUUGGAAACGGAAAAAAAACAUCAUAAAGUACUUGUAGAUAAUCUCAAAAAAAAAGUGGAAAACUUAAAAAAAGAAAAUGAAAAACUUAGGACAGAGUUAAAAAUAUCAGAUGAGUACAGAAACAAAUUAGAGAGUUAUCAGCAAAAAACUAUAAUGAAGCUAGCAACAACUGUCGUUAAUGAGAAAAAACUAAAUAAACAUUUUGGGCAUUCAGACAGUGAAGAAUAUCAUUAUAACGCACCAAGUGAUAUCCAGUUAAUGGAGGAUAAGGACACUAUGGAUACCCUGUGCACUCCAAAUAAUAAUCAACUACAGAAGCAUAAGACGAAUGUUAGAUUAGGUGAAAAAAAUAAAAAAAAGUCAUUGCAAUAUACAGAUAAAAUAGAACAGUAUAAACAUUCAAGUGACUCAGAAAGCUCUAAUGAAAUAAAGAAAAUAAUAUAUGAUAAGAAUAAGAAAAUGCAAAAUGAAUUAGAUAUCAUUUAUGAAAGUUCUAAUAGUGAUAAUAAUAAAUAUUACAAAAAUGAAUUACAAAAGGAUGAUUCGGGCAUAAAUAUUUCUAAUGAUAAUUUUAAAAAAAAUGAAAAAAAAAGAAACAAAGUAACACUUGAUAAACUGUUUGCUGUUCAUAAGGAAGACACCAAAAGUUCCAGUUCCGUUCUGAAAGAUGAAGCUUAUAUUAAUAAAAAUUUGAACAAAAUGAAAUCCAUAAUUCAGAAAAAUAAUAAUAACAGAUUAAGUAGUGACAAGUUGAAGAAUGAAGAAGAGAACAGCAGCCUUACUGCUAGUGAACAUGUUAAAAAUUCUAAAGAAUUUUUCUUUGAAAACAUUAAGAAAGCAAAUGAUAAAUAUUCUAAACAAAUUCGCAUUACAUAUAACGAUCACGAAGAACAGUCUAACCAAAAUGAAUAUGGUAAGAAGACGUCCUAUUUAAAUAACUACACAACUACCUCAAGAAAAGAAAAAGAAAAAAUAAAAAAAGCAAAGAACUCUAAUCAAAUGUUUGAUAAUUUAAAUAAGAAUAUUUCCUCUGGCAAUUCGAGUACAAAAGAUGGAGACGUCAAGGGUAACCAUUAUUUGAAUGAUCCUAAAAGAGAGAGCAUUUCAAGGAAUAAAAAUGAUAACAUAGCUAGUACCCUUUUAAAGUAUAAAAAAAAUCAAAAAACUAGUAAUUGUAAUGUAAUCAAUACAUCAAAAGAGGUGGGAAAAAAUACUCAUGAUGAAUAUCCUAUAAAUAUAUCAAAAAUUGGAAGAGAAAUGAGGAUAAAUACAAAUCGAAAUUGUCUCAAUAGUAAUUUAACGUAUGAUAUGUUGUCGAAGCAUCAGGGAGGUGAAGAUAAUUACCCGCCUGAUGCUUUUAAUCAUGUCUAUAACAGCAAAAAUCAAAAUAACGACGCCAGUAGUACUAUAAGGAACACCUUAGAGCGCGGGAAUGUAUCGAAGAAGAACGGAAUAUACAAUAACAAUAAUAAUAGUAAUAAAAAUGGUAAUAAUAACAGUAAUAGCAAGGACAGUAGUAAUAACUGUUUAAACCCUUUUGGAAAGAACUGGAGUUUCAUAAUGAAUUUUAAUUUUGAUGAAUUAUUUAAUAUUUGUGAAAAUGUGAUUGAAUCCAUUUUCUCCUCGUCGAAAAAAAUAAAAUAUAGACAGGCAUUUAUUGAUGGAAAGGUGGAAACAUUAUUCGAUGAUGGUCUAAAAAUAAUUGAAAAAAAUAGAAACAAGAAAAUCAUCGAUCCGAGUAAUUUAACUAUUUAUCUUUACCCAAGUAAGGAUUAUAAGGCCAAGCUACCAAACUCGUACACGCUUUUUCGCUUUGUUAAUAAAGGCAUAUAUCAAGUUAACAUUCCUAAUAAAUGCCAACUAAAUAAAUUCCCUAGUGGGCAAAUAGAUUGUAAAUACAGCGAUGGUCAUAUGCAAAUUUUAUUUUGCGAUGGAAAACGGAAAGAAAUUUUACCAAAUAAAGAGGAGUAUACCAUACUACGUAACGGCACGAUAAAAAAGUUAAAUUAA